AGAGACGCGCUCAUCCUCCUGCCCACCACAUCCAGACCCUCCUCGCGCCGUGCAGGUGCGGGCGAGGCCUCCGGAGCCGAAACGUCCGAAAGGGCCUGGAAAGCCUCCCGGCCGCGUGAGGUCACGGCGCACGGGAGAGCCCCGCGUCCCUCCCCCGCGCGGGCGGGGCCGGGGCAGCGCGCCCGGAGCGCCGCCCGUCCCUCCGCAGGCGGCGGCGGCCCCGGCGGGUCGCGGUCGCUGUCGCUGUCCCUCGCUCCGCGCGUCGCUCCCCGCGGCAGCGAGGGCCGCAGGGCAGCAGGGACCGGCGGCGCUCGGCCCGCCCGGGGGGCGCUGGCAGCGGCUCCGGGGCGGGGCGCCGAGGAGAGGAGGCGGGUUCCCCUUCCCCCGCCGCGGGCUCCUCGCCUCGGCCGCCCCGGCUGCGGCCCCUCCGGCGGGCGCACGGCCGGGCAUGUCCGCGGCGCAGGUGUCGGAGCGGCGGGGCUGGGGGGCGGCCCAGGAGCCCCGGCAGCCCGAGCCCGGCUCGCCCCGCGGGGAGGAGGUGGCGGAGGAGGGCGGCCGGAGCAGGGAAGCCCCGGCGCCCAAGGAGAACGCGUGGACGCGGCGCAGAGCCCGGCGGGACAGCCCUUCCCCGCCCGCGGGGCCGGACGGGCGGCUCGGACCGCAGGAACCAGAACUACAAAAUUCCACUAAAGUGAUAAAAGCGGGAAAACCCAGGUCAAGAAAAAGCAGCAAGGCUGAUGAUUUUGGCGAUAUUGCAAGCUGGCCGACCCCGAGCGAAAUAGCAAACAAUGAAUGUAAGACUGUAAGUCAUAGUAAGAAGCCAACAAAUAGAAGAGAAAAGGAGGAGAAAUCUGAUCAAAAAAGCAAUAAUGGAAUCAAGGACAAUCCGGAGGCAAAGCCAAAUGGUCCAGCAGAUAACAUUAGUGAAGAUGAAGCUCAAACUAAUAACCAAAGGAAAAAAGGUAACAAGCAGAAAUGGGUGCCGCUUCACUUGGACGAUGUGAGGUCAGACAGUCAAGACAGAGCAGGCUCUCGAACGAGCUCCAGAUUUAUGCUGGAAACAAACAAGUUAAUACCUCAUAACAACAGAAGGAAUGAAGCAAGAAGUUGGCGUCGUGAUAGAGACAAGAGAGAUGACCAUGACGAGGUGUGCAGCGUGAGGAGCGAGGGCAGCAGCGUCCGAGGGUUCUCCAGAGGCAGAGGAAGGGGGAGAAGCAGAGGAAGAGGACGAGGCAGAGGAAACCCCAGCAUGAACUUUGACUAUUCAGUUGGUUAUCAAGAGCUGUAUGGUGAAGGAAUUGACCAAGUAUUUCAGCCUGAGCUUAACCCUGGUGUGAUUUAUUACUAUGGUGACGGAACAGGAGUGCAGAUGUAUUCUGUGGAUGAAGCGCUUCUCAAGGAAUACAUUAAACACCAAAUUGAGUAUUAUUUCAGCACAGAAAAUUUGGAGAGAGACUUCUUCCUGAGGAGGAAGAUGGACCAACAAGGAUUUUUGCCUGUGUCACUGAUCGCCAGUUUCCGUCGGAUGCAAGCUCUGACUACGAAUGCUGCACUCAUUUUGGAGGCCCUAAAGGACAGUACCGAAGUUGAAACUGUGGAUCAGAAACUAAGAAAAAGGGUUGAUCCAGAAAAGUGGCCAAUUCCAGGUCCUCCUCCAUGCAACCUGCCUCCAACUGACUUUUCUCAGCUCAUCAAUUGUCCAGAAUUCAUACCAGGCCAAACUUUUGGCUCUCAUAUUGAGUCUGCACCAAGUUCUCCAAGAGUGGGGAGCCCACUGUGUCCAAAGGAAAAUGCUGAAUCAAGUAAUUUUCAGACAAUGUCUAAAGGACUGUCCACAAGUUUGCCAGAUUUGGACUCUGAACCUUGGAUAGAAGUGAAGAAGAGGCAUCGUGCAUCCACUGUCAAGUUAAAGGAGACUGUUCCUGUACCUGAUCAAACACCAGAUGAACCCCAGCCACCCCCACCUCAGGAGGAACAAGAACAGGAAGAACUUGAAUUUUUGUUUGAUGAAGAGAUGGAACAAAAUCAGUGUCGGAAAAAUAAAUUUACUGAUUGGUCAGAUAGCGAUUCUGAUUAUGAAAUUGACGAUCAGGAUGUAAACAAGAUUUUAAUUGUAACACAGACACCACCAUAUGUGAAAAAACAUCCUUGUGGAGAUCACACUGGCAACCGUGUGUGCCGUGCAAAAAUUACAUCAGAACUUGCUAAAGUCAUCAAUGAUGGCUUGUACUACUACGAACAGGAUUUGUGGAUGGAUCAGAGUGAAAAUGAUACCCUGAUGAAGCAAGAGAUUGAGAACUUUAAGAAGCUGAACCUCAUUAAUAAGGACGAAUUUGUUAGUCUUGCACCAGAAACUGGUGAUCCAACCCAAGAAGUUCUUCCAAGACCUCCAGGGUUACAGAACGCAGAGGAGCUGGCCUGUAAUUUCCUAAGUGCUGAAGUACUUCCAACAGCAGGAAUGGCUCGAUCGCUGCCAACGGCAGUUCCAGAUUCCCCCCGUUUCCACCCUGGCUUCAUCCCACGAACACCUCGCACCCCAAGGCUCCAGGAUCCCAAAAAAACACCCAGGUUCUACCCUGUUGUUAAAGAAGCACGAUCCUUUGAUGUAAAGGCUCCAAGGAAAAGAAAAACACGCCACAGUACAAAUCCUCCCUUGGAAUGCCAUGUUGGUUGGGUGAUGGAUUCCAGAGACCACAGGCCAAGAACUUCCUCCAUGAGCAGUUCCAAUGCCUCACCUUCAGAAGGAGCCCCACUGGCAGGUUAUGGCUGUACUCCAAAUUCUCUUCCCAAAUUCGGGCAUCCAUCUCACGAACUGUUAAAGGAAAAUGGCUUUACUCAGCAGGUGUACCAUAAAUACCGGCGGAGGUGUUUAACAGAGAGGAAACGGUUGGGAAUUGGCCAGUCCCAAGAAAUGAACACACUUUUUCGCUUCUGGUCCUUUUUUCUGAGAGACCACUUCAACAAGAAAAUGUAUGAAGAAUUCAAACAGCUUGCUCUAGAGGAUGCAAAAGAACACUACAGGUACGGCUUGGAAUGCUUGUUCAGAUUUUACAGCUAUGGCCUGGAAAAGAAAUUCAGGAAAGAAAUAUUUGAGGAUUUCCAACAAGAAACAAAGAGGGACUAUGAAGCUGGUCAGUUUUAUGGACUGGAAAAAUUUUGGGCUUACCUAAAAUAUUCUCAGCACAAGACUCCAGCUGUUGACCCCAAACUGCAAGAAUACCUGAGUAAAUUUAAGAGACUGGAGGACUUCAGGGUGGAUCCUCCUAUUGGUGAAGAAUCUGGAAGGAGGAGACCAGGUGAGGAUUCAGGGCAUCGCAGACAUCAGCCCAACUCUUCUAAAACCCUUCCCACCACCAAACCCGCCACUGCCUGUCAGUCCCAGGCACUGGGAAGCAUUUCCUGUGGGAAUACUGUGCAAGCCACAAAAUCUAUAGAAAGUGAUGUACCAGAAAAGUAGACUUUGGAUGAGCUCGUGCCCUUGAGAAUCAACUUUGGCAUCACUCCCCUAAUCCGGAGAUCUUCAAGGCAAGGCAGUCUCUACUACGUGAUUAAAAAUGUAUGGGAAGACAAAGGAUGGGAUGCUCUUUUUCACAGGAUAUAGUUCCAAAACACUUGGCCUAGGAGAGUUGCUCUUGGUUAUGGGAUCAUUGGAAGGAUGCUAGGGAAGAUUCUUUGGCUUCAGUAUUGCUUUCCUCAAGCUUUUGUUUACAAAGAACUGCAUUCCUUGCAUAUGCAAAAAAAUACUUCGAGGGAUGCCUUACAUUUCAGCUCAGAUUUCUUAAAAAAAGGUAUCAUGUAAACCCAUGUUAUUUACUGUGCUUUCCUUACCCAUAUUUCCCUGUUAUUUGUAUUUUACCAAAGCAAAAAAGAUUACAUUAUAUGUAGAGUAUUAAAUGGAAAGGAAGGAUCUAUGUGGCAGGUUUGCUUUCAAGGCUAACUAUCAAAAAGUAUGUUUUUCUGCAAAAGCGCAUUUGAGAGCAUGCAGCUGUAUAUGAAACUGCAUUUCUGGAUUCUAUUUAAAGAUAAGAGUUUCUAUUUUUUUCAGGGUCUCCAUAGUUAGUAUUUUAUUAAGUAUGGAGUUUGAGUGGACGUAACUGGGAUAGUUUUGCAGGUAUUUCCUUCAGUGCUGGUUCUUUAAUAACUCAAGCAACAGAAAACUACAGGGGAAAAUUGAGCUUUUGAUUUCGUAGUGUCUUAAAUUAACAUUCAGUAUCUACAGUUUGUGCAGAUUGUUAAAAUACCCAACUAUUCAUACUCUGGGCUUGAGAGGUGUCUUCAUUUGAAUUGUCUUAUGAUUAUGAAGUCUAGCAGGAGAGGCAUAAUUUUGAAUUUUUCUUCUCCAUAUUUCAAGUAAUUAAUAAGUUUGGAGGGAGACAAAGUAUGCCUUGUAAAUUUUAAUUUUAAUUUACUUUGUUUUGCAAUAUCUGAAUGAAGUUCUGCCUAAAUUGUGCUCGCUAAGCCUCGAUGAUUUCAAACAGGUCUAAAGACAAUUUCACUGAAUGUAAGUUACUCAAAUACAAAUCCACUUUUGUAGCUGAAAGAGGGGGAUGUUUAUAAUCUGUCAUAUCUUAUUAACUUCACUACUUUGUUUUUAAAAACUCAAGAAGAAUGAAGUGAAAAACUUCUCUUCUGGGGUAGGUGAGAGGAAUUCCAGCUUUUUGGUUAGUUAACUGCAGAAUUACUUCAGUUAACUUUUAAAAAGUUAUAAAGUGCUGUCUAGCACAGAUGCCUUAAACUGACUGCACAGCCAUAGAUGGAGCUUUAAACUAACAGCUCACAGAGGCUAUAAUGGAUCUGUUAAUUUUUCAAUCAUUGUGCUGUGAAUCUCACUGAAACAAAUGAUGGAUGUUUGCACUGAAAGGAGUGGAUGGUAGCAGUGACUUUCCCCACAGUUUAUACCAUUUCAGCACAAAAUCCAGCCUUUUGUCAGUGGCCUGUUCUAAAUAAAUUUUAAUGAACACAUACCAAGAUUUGAAGUAAAUAUCCUAUAAAUAUGCUGAAGUGACACAUCUCAAACCUGUGUUUGAUCCAUGCCUUUUGCUACCCAUGAAAAUGCGAAUGUAAAUUUGGAUUGAAAUUGUAUAUACGAGUAAUAAAUUUAAGAUAUUUCAAUUUUUCAUUGGAAAAUGUGCAGAUUUAAGCUUUUAGUGUGUGUAAUUUUGUGAUAUCUUGAAAAAUUUUAUAAAAACAACAAAAAACCCUAA